GGAACCGUUGCUCGUCAUGUCUCCGCUGUAGCGCAGCGCCGUGCGAGAUUUUAUUAUUUGCCGUCAUUUGUUUGCUGCACUUUGUUUUGACAUCUGCUUGUUUUCUUCUCUGUUACCCGUUUACCGAAGAAUGAGCGAAAACGAUGACAUCGACGUCGACAGCGAUGCAGACAAGCGAGCCCAUCACAAUGAGCUGGAGCGCAAACGCAGGGACCACAUUAACGACAGCUUCCACGGUUUACGAGAUUCUGUGCCUGCAUUACAAGGGGAGAAGAGUUCUGUCAAACAGGCCUCCCGAGCACAGAUUCUCGACAAAGCCACUGAGUACAUCCAGUACAUGAGGCGAAAAAACCAUACCCACCAGCAAGACAUUGAUGACUUAAAGAAGCAAAAUGCACUGUUGGAGCAGCAGGUGCGUGCCCUGGAGAAGGCAAAGGGCAACACUCAGCUCCAGACAAACUACUCUUCCGACAGCAGCUUGUACACGAACCGCAAAGGCAGCGCGGUGUCCGCCUUCGACGGUGGGUCCGACUCCAGCUCCGAAUCGGAGCCGGACGAGCCGCCCAACAGAAAGAAGCUGCGCGUGGAGCCCAGCUAGACCCGAAACCUCUCACCGGUCUGCACUAAGUCCUGCCUUCUAACGCCAGUCCACGAGACACGGUGGAGGCUGUGUGAGAGAUGCUAUUAUGUAUAAAACGCUUCUACCUUUCUUUUUUCCUCCUGGCAAAAAUCCUGUCACUCCGUUUGUGGCCAAGCAACAACUUUUAAAACCCCCAAAGUGAGGCAGCUCUGCCGUUUUGAAGGACUUUUUGUCUUUCUAUCCUCAUGAUAACCUCUCAGAAUCAAAUGUGGAGAUGACAAGGUCUGACGCUUUAGUACAGCUACACAAAAAUAUGUUUUUUUUCUUUUUUGGUUGUUUUGGACAACCUCCGCAAUCUGUUGGAGUUGUGAAACUUUUUGACCUUUUGACAAAAUGGUAAUUGUGGUUAGUUUACCUUUUUUUAAUAUUCAUACUUUUCCAGAAAAGAAUGUGAAGUUGCUUUUGAAAAACAAAAAUGUCUGUAAUGCAAGAUGCAACCCUCCUUAUUCAGUGUAAGUGGCUGAAGUGUUUGUCUUUGGAAAUGUGUCAUCAAAGAAUCCCUCUAUUUAUAUUGAUGCACCGCAAUUAAUUUAAUGUCUGAUCUACCCAAUGUUUGGAUUGAGAUUUUCCAGAAAGCACAGGAGGAGGAACACGUUGACCUGCUGUUUCAGUGGAUUUUCCACAGGUACAACUAUUUAUUUUCCUCUAUUUUUAGUAUCAGAUCAGAUGGGUAUAACAAACAAAAAAUCCCCUAUUGGAUACUGAAUGUUACACAAUGCAGGUGAAGGGCAGUGACCUUUAGUUUUGUUAAUGGAAGUCCAUUUCAGUGUGUAGUAUAUCACACUGUAUACUCUUUAAUGGUGUCAGUUCUGCAAAGAAAAGCCUUCCCGAGAAAUAUUUGCCUGUGCCGGGAACAUUUAUCUUUCUUUUUUUUCUUUCCUCUUUCAGAGGUACAUUUGUGUGUACGUAAUCGAUAUUUGUUUGUUCCAUUCUGUGGAAAUUACAGGUAUGUUGUACAUACUGCCAAUGGUUGUCUUGCAAGUUAAGGCAUACCUUUAUUAUGAGACUAUAAAUAAAACUAUUUUAUCCUUU